AUGCUAGCAGACAGUGGAUGGACAAGUGCACUUGUUGAAGCUGAUGUAGCCUCUUCCGGAACUGCAGAUUCAUUCCUGUCGGCAACCAAUGUCACUAAAACACGUCAAGCACAUCAGGUCACAGCAUGCAGUUUGUUUCAGCUCCUGAAGAAAGUUUACAGUUCGUACCUUGCCGAACAUUCUGAUGGCGAUGAGGAGGCCUCCAGCUUUGUGGAAUGGUGUGAUAGUCGAAAGAAGGAGAGUCCACAGUUCGCAUUUUGGUUCUCUAUCCUGAACAUGGAAUUGUCAGUCUUAACACUGGUGCGAGCAUUUAGAGAAGGGAAUUUCAAUCUGUAUCGAGAAUCACUGUCGGAACUGAUACCCUACCUCUUUGCCAACGACAGUGUCAACUAUGCAAGAUGGCUUCCUAUUCAUCUGCGUGAUAUGAUAUCAUUAGAGAAGCAGCACCCUAAGGUCGCCAGAGAAUUCCACAAUGGGAAUUUUGUGGUUCAUAAAACUGACAAUAAGUUCUCCGCAAUGGCAAUCGACCAAGUCCAUGAACAAAACAAUGCCGUUAUGAAAGGAGAUGGGGGAGCUGUUCGUCUGACAGAGGAUCCAUCAGCUCUUCGGAGGUGGAUGGUGGCUGGUCCAGAAAUUAGCAAAUUCGUUGCUGACUAUGAAGCCGUAUCAGGAAGCAAAGAGGCGAAGAAAGGAAGUCAUCACCAUGAGCAGUCGCCAACUGCUCAGAAGGCAUUCUUUGAAAAGGUUCAGCGGCUUACAAGUGUGAUAGAAGAAAUGGGCAAUCCAUUUUCGGAGGAGUCCACUGAUGUACUGUCGCUUUAUACUAAGGACAUUACUGAUCUUACAGCAGCGCUGCUGGUUGCCUCUCAUCUGGAGAAAGGGAAAGAGCAAUUCCAAAUAUUCAUGGAUAAAUUCAAGACCGACAGUCAGCAUUUCUAUCAGCCAAUCAAGCGGAAUAAUAAAGGCUUCUUCAAAACAAGCACAGAUUCAACAGAAAAAUCGGAAGCACAGCUACUAAAGAGGGAUUGUCAACUGUUCUCCAGCCUUUUCAUCUCUUGCCAAAGCAGAGGGUGUGAUUUACCAGAGUUUUUCAAACACGAGAACCAAUCUUUCCCUCCGUCACUCAGCAAGCGAGGCAAACUACAUGUCGCUACCAAGUCUGAUCUCGUGGACGUCCUGCAAACCAAGGGGGAGCUUCCAGAAACUGACGUACUCAUAGCAGAUGGUGCAUUUCUAGUCAAUACAGUAACGCCUAGGACACCGAAGACGUUUGAAGAAUAUGCCAGACAGGAUAUUCUUCCUAAGGUGCAAUACUACAGUAGCAAUUACAAGAGAACAGAUAUCAUUUUUUAUGUCUAUCACGAGCCUAGUCUGAAGUCUGAAGCACGAUCAAAACGCGGGAAAUCUAUCAGGAGGAGAGUAACGGCAAUGAGAAAAACACCGACUAAUUGGAAGAGCUUUCUAAGGAACAACGCCAACAAAACAGAGCUGUUGAAUUUUCUUGCUGAUGAAGUGGGUAAAAUGCUCACAACGAAUGAAGUAAUUGUAACACAAGAGGAAAAUUCUCUACCAAGUUCCAGCCAUCCUGAUACUAAGAUAGACGAACUGGCUCCUUGCACACAUGAAGAGGCAGAUACCCGGAUAUUUUUGCAUGCCUGGAAUGCGGCUAAGGAUGGACACAAGUCUCUCAUGAUUGAAGCUAAUGACACGGGCAUUGUAGUCAUAAGCCUGAUGUCUUCUUUCAGUGCAAUGGGCAUGGAGAAAAUGUGGAUCGCCUAUGGCAAGGGGGAGCACACUCGAUGGAUCCCAAUACACAACCUUGCAUCUUCUUUGGGACCGGAAAAAACGAAGGGAUACUAUUCUUCCAUGUAUUUUCCGGGUGUGAUGUGGUAUCUGGAUUCAAUGGCAAAGGGGAAAAAAGCAUGGCAGACAUGCCUCGGCUACAUUUGCGAAACUCAGCCACUGUCCUCCUGA